CUAGCACAUUCCCGGUCACAAUAUUAACACGAUCGUAGUGGCCAGUUGGUCCCUAAUCGUUGGUCUGGCGUAACCCAAAUAUUCGGGCUCCGUUACUACAACUUCAGUGAUAAAAUAUUGAAAUUAAAUCCGUGCACAGUGGGCGUUUCUACAAUGCAGAUCAUCGUAGUUUUAAUCGUGGCGUGUGUGGGCUUGGCAGCCGGCUUGCAUGUGCAGGCUGGGCCACAAAUGACAGACGCACAAUUAGAACAGACUUUAGCCGAUAAGAGCACGAUGCAGCGACACAUUAAAUGCGCACUCGGUGAGGGACCUUGCGAUCCUGUUGGGAGACGAUUACGAACUCUAGCUCCGUUGGUACUACGAGGGGCUUGUCCACAAUGCUCGAUGCAGGAGACGCGCCAGAUUCGGCGCACCCUUGCCUUUGUGCAACGCAACUACCCAUGGGAGUGGGCGAAAAUUAUCAAAUACGCGUUGCUGUUAUGUUGUGUGGCUGCGGUGUCCGUGGCGCAGUCGCAAAGGCCUCCAGUCUCCGACACAGCCCUUGAUGAUGCCCUACAAGACAAGCGUUUCAUUCAGAGACAGCUUAAGUGCGCGCUGGGGGAAGGACCUUGUGAUCCCAUCGGGAAAAGACUUAAAACACUAGCACCCCUGGUGCUUCGAGGAGCCUGUCCCCAGUGCACGCCACAAGAAACCAAGCAAAUACAGCGCACUCUAUCGUACGUGCAAAGAAAUUAUCCGCAGCAGUGGGCGAAAAUAGUGCGCCAAUACGCAGGAUAGUUUAAAAAUUAAAAACUCACUCAUUGUGUAAAAAGGUGUUCUAAAAAAAUCAUUCAAAAUGCAAUUUUGAUUGGUUAUUUAGUAGAAAAAAAAAUUAACUAGCUCCAACAAAUAAAAGUUUUAUCCAAAUGUGGACUUAAAUGACCAAAACCUUAGUUCUAAAUUGUAUUUAUUAAUUUUGAAACCAGUACUUAAUUGCUGCUAAUAGCAGAGUAAAUUGAAACAAUUAUUUUGGAAUUAUUACAUUUUAUAUCAUCACACUUCUAGUUGUAAGUCAUCGUUCAAGUAUAUUGCUUUCAUCAGUAUGUAAUUUUGUACAUAAGUUUAGGUAACAAGAGUACCUAUGUGGUACUAAAGUUGUACUUUCCAAUCCACCUAAAUUAUAAUUUUGUUAUGUAAAUUAUGUUUCUAAAUAAAAUAACGUGAAAAGGA